CCGUGGUUUCGCGUCCUCGGCAGCCGGCUCGGGUGUGGGUUCCGCGGCAGGUCGCGGGCGCGGCAGGCCGCCCGUGGUGGCCUCGUCACGUCCCCCUCCCCGUCUAGACGCGGCAUUCGGAUAUGCCGGCAAUAGCACUGCGGAAAUGUUAUCUAACGGAUCCGACUCUGGAGCGGGUGUGCCUCCUGCUUUUUCAAACAGUACAGUUCCGCUGAGAUUAUCUGGUACUAGAGCCAUUUAUUUUUUUUCAUAUUUUGGAUUUUGUUCGACCAGCCACAACGACAACAUUUACAUUCACCUUUUUGGACUCGCGAUUGGAGAUCAUGAAGAAGGCUUCACUGUUCUUUCGCGUCGUCUUUUUGAAAAGUUAGAGUGUAGUUGCUGUUGUUCCAGGGCAUUAUUUCGUGAAAGUUAUCCACCUUGUUGAAAAAUAAAAAACUACCACAGGAGGCGGACCGGGACGACCGCCGAAGCUAACUGAACGCGCGUUGGCCGCGUUCGCGCAAGUAGGCGGAGGGACCACUGUGGCCCGCGACGCGAAAGAUCGGAGCUACAGUCCGAGCAAGAGAAGUCGCACCAGCAUGAAUUGGCGGGGGAGCGACGCAGGGGAUCGGGCGGACAUCGCGAGUCAGACCAAUUUGGAUUUGGAAUCUUUAGCGGAAGCUACCGAUCAAGAGCGUAUGAAAGAAGACCUCCCGAUGGGAAUGCCUAUCGGACACGACGACGACGACGACGAGCUAGUACCAACCCGGUUACCUUCACAACAGAGCGACGGCGGAUCACAUCCACGGUGGCUGAGCCUUGCAGUAUCCUGAUGUAAAAACACUGCUUUUUCGUCAGAACAUACGAGGAUCCUCCAUUGCAAAAUGCAUACAAAUUAUGUACCCUGAACGGUGAACUGGUUCUUGGUUGGUAUGUGCAAAAACGGGCCGCAAUAGAACUCUUAUCCGCAUCAACCGAAGUCCUUAUAGAAAACAAAGAACAAGUAGAAGUAGAGUUAGAUUUCUACUUGUACUUCGAUCCACCGUUCUUGCCUUUGUGAUCGUUCUUGCGAGAUCGCCUUGCUUACACAGGAUACACGUCCUCUUCGCCCUCACCCACCAAUGCCUCCCAGUCCCGGCGUGCUAGCGGUAGUGCGUUCUCGAUGAGUCCGUCUCCGUUGCCACUAUCCCGGUCCCACUCAGGCGGUCCGUCUCCGUUGCCACUGUCCCGGUCCCACUCAGGCGGUCCGUCUCCGUUGCCACUGUCCCGGUCCCACUCAGGUGGUGAUCAAGAACAGACUCUCGAAGGCGAAGGUGCAGAAGCGGUGGCAUCACCAAAACAAUUUUAUCUCAGGAAAAUCUUCAAAUGUGAGGCCACGUCUUAGUCAUCGGAGGGAGGUGCACGAAACUAUGGAAAUGCACGCACUUCAUUUGCAUUCGACCAGCAAGCUAAACAAAAGGAAAGAUUAAGAUUUAGAUUGCAUGACUUGAUAGAUAUGGGGUGUCGUAUCACUGGAAGUGCAGUAGAUGAAUGCAAGACUUGACGUCUCAUUGAAAACUUCACCGGAAUCAUAGUAUCGCAGCAUGGGAGCAAAAUAAUCAUCGGGACGCAGGACGACAAGCAGCGGAGCGUGUUUGUUUCGAGAUGGUAG